UAUAAAAGCCCUCUUCCUGCCUUCCCUCUUUCUACCUUACGAGUGUUGUUUCGCAGCCAGAUUUUGUUUCUUUUGAUCGAAUAUGUCUCGAAUAAUCGUCAGAAACCUCCCGCUGAACCUCACCGACGAGAAAUUCAAGUCGCACUUUGCCGACCACGGCGGCGUGAUCACGGACUGCAAGGUGAUGCGCACGCGGGGCGGGCAGAGUCGGCGGUUUGGAUUCAUCGGGUUCCGCGCGGCAGAGGAUGCGGUUGAGGCUGUGAGGUAUUUUGAUAAGACGUUUAUUGGGAUGACGAGGAUCGCUGUUGAGUUGGCGAAGAACAUUGGAGAUUCAUCGGUGCCAAAACCACACCGUGAAGCAUUCCCCUCAUUCCCCUCAGCUAACCCGCUCUCCCCCCCACCAUCUGACGAGGACAGCCAGAGCAAGCCCAGCAAGCGCCGGAAAGUCGACACGGGCGCUACAGAGGAGGCUUCCUCUGCUGCUGCGGAUCCAAAGCUGUCGGAGUUCUUGGAUGCUAUGAAGCCGCGCGCGAACGAGCGGACGUGGGCGAAUGAUGAUUUUGGGGUUAUGCCGCCUGAGCCGCCUUCUUCUUCGACGAUGGCUGUUGCCGUUGAGAGCGCUGCUGCUACUAAGCCUGUGGACUCUGUGCCUAAGAAGGAGGAGAAGGAGGAGGAAAAUGUUGAGGAAGAUCAGCUGCUGGCCGACGAAGGCGACAAUCUCGCUCGGACAGAGAUGACUGACGACGAGUGGCUUCGUGCUCGCCGUACGCGUAUCCCCGUCUCUUCCUCCGCCGACGAGUCAACAUCAACCACCGCUGUCGUCGACGGCACCGCUGAAGAAGCCGCCUCCACGCACUCAUCCGAAUCAAAAGAGGAAGAGGUGGCUGCACCGGAACUCACAGAGCAGGAGAAACACCUCGAGUUGAUCCGCUCUACCCGGCGGUUAUUCCUGCGAAACCUGUCGUACUCGUGCUCUGAAGAUGAUCUCCGAUCGCUGUUUGCGCAGUAUGGCGAGUUGGAAGAGGUCCAUAUCCCGGUCGACCACGAAUCCCACAACUCAAAGGGAAUCGCGUACAUCCUAUUCGAGAGCUCAGAUGGUGCAUGCCAAGCCUACACCGAGCUCGACAAGCAAUCCUUCCAAGGCCGUCUGCUACACAUUCUCCCCGGCCAGCCCAAGCGCGAGACCAAGCUCGACGAGUUCGAGCUCGCGAAGCUGCCGUUGAAAAAACAGCUGGCGAUGAAGCGCAAGGCUGAGGCGGGAAAGUCGCAGUUUUCGUGGAAUAGUCUGUACAUGAACUCUGAUGCUGUCGUGGGGUUUUUGGCGAGCAAGAUGGGUGUUUCAAAGGCGGAGUUGCUUGAUCCUGAGUCUGCUGACGCCGGCGUGCGCCAGGCGCUUGCGGAGGCCCACGCGAUCGAUGACGCAAAGACGUACUUUGAAAAAGCAGGCGUCGACGUCUCUGCUUUCGAAGACACCAAAACCCCGCGGUCAGACACCGUGAUUCUCGUCAAGAACUUCCCGUUCGAGACCACGACCGAGGAGAUCCGCGACAUGUUUGCCGAGCACGGCGAGGUGCGCCGCGUGCUUGUUCCGCCGUCAAACACGAUUGCUAUUGUUGAGAUGGCGGACGCGCCUAGCGGGCGUGCGGCGUUUGCGAAGGCCGCGUAUCGGAGGAUGAAGAACUCGAUUUUGUAUCUUGAGAAGGCGCCGGGGAAGUUGCUUAAGCAGAGCAGCGGGAUGCCUAUUGCUCCUUCUGCUGCUGCGGCGGCGAAUGUGAAGGAAGCAAAGGUGUCUGUUGAGGAUAUCGUCAAGAUCGCGGACUCGUCCGACGCGAGCGAAAGUCAGCCCGUGCCGGCAGGCAUGUCUGUCUCGCUCUUUGUCAAGAACCUAAACUUCAAGACCACGACCUCCGACCUCGCCGCCGCAUUCAAGCCGAUCGACGGGUUCGUCCGCGCGGAGGUCAAGACGAAGAAAGACCCGAAGCGGCCCGGAAACGUGCAGAGCAUGGGUUUCGGCUUCGUCGAGUUUUCGACCUUCGACGCGGCCGAGCACGCGCGGCAGGUCAUGGACGGCUUCGUACUCGACCAGCACAAACUCCAAAUCAAGAUCUCGACCCGCAACGGCGUCGAAACCACCGGCAUCUCGACCGCGCGCACAGCCAAGGCGAAAUCCGCGCCGCAGACGAAAAUCAUCAUCAAAAACAUCCCGUUCGAGGCAACGAAGAAGGACGUGCGCCAGCUCUUUGGCGCGUUCGGACAGCUUCGCACCGUGCGGUUGCCGCGCAAGUUCGACAAUACCGCGCGCGGAUUCGCGUUUGCGGAGUUUGUCUCUGCGAAGGAGGCCGAGGCGGCGAUGGAGGCGCUUGCGGGGGUGCAUUUGCUUGGUAGGCGGCUGGUGCUGCAGUACGCGGCGCAGGACGCGGCGUCGGCGGAGGAGGAGAUUGAGCGGAUGCAGAAGAAGGUGCGGAAGCAGGUUGCGGGCGAGACGAUGGCUUCGUACCGGCUUGCGGCGGGGGGGAAGAGGAAGUUGGGUGGGGAUGAGGACGAUGAGAAUGAUGGUCUUAUGACUUAAAAAGUUAGUUGUCGGAGUUUUGAGAUGGGGUUGGAUAUUUUUGACUACAUGGAUACGGCGUUUGGUUACAUUACUUCUGUUGUCAUUUCGAAGGAUCUGGGUGAAUGCAUAUUUCUACAUUCUUGACAUUAUAAACAAUAUCCCGUCAAAAGAACCGUAGUGUAUUAUAUUCCUUGUAAACAAACAAACGAUAGACUAAACAAAAGACAGUGUACGUGAUGCU